AUGGCCAAUAUUAAAGCGAAUCCAUAUGUUUCCAAUAGGGUUAAGGAAAUAAAUUCUUUAACUAAAGAUUUUCAAUGGUCAUAUGUAAAAACUUCUGAUAAUCCUGCAGACUUGCUCACAAGGGGAAUUGAUCCACAUAAAUUGCAAUCAAAUUAUUUGUGGUGGCAUGGUCCUAAAGAUUUAAUAAAUAAUAAAUUUUGCCAUACACCUGCCGACUGUAGCUAUCCCAUAGUAAAUCAUGAGCCUGAAUUAUCAGUGAAUGUCUACUGUAUAGAUCCAUCUGUAUUCGAUUUAUUUCAAAAAAUUUCUGAUAUUAAUAAAUUACAAAGAGUCAUCUCUUAUAUUUUACGUUUUAAAAAUAACUGUCUCAGUCAAGAAAAAUUUAGUGGUUCGCUGAUGCCUAAAGAGCUCUAUAACGGACUCUCAGUAGUAAUUCGGUGUAUUCAAAGAAAAUACUUUCAUAAGGACAUAGAGUCAAUGAUAAAGGGAAAACCUAUUAAAUCUGGUUUAGCUAAUCUUUACCCAUAUUUAGAUCAAACUGGUGUUCUCAGAGUAGGAGGGCGUCUACAAAAUGCGAAAAAUAUUUCCUUUGAUAAAAUGCACCCUGCUAUACUUCCAAAAUCUUCUCAUAUUACUCAUUCCAUAAUUCGAAGAGAACAUCUUAGAUUGUUACAUGCUGGUCCAAAGCUUGUAUUAAGCUCCUUAUCUCAAAGAUAUUGGCUUAUUAGUGGAACUCGCGAGGUCAAAAAGGUGGUGAAUAAAUGCAUAAAGUGUGCUCGUUUGAAAGCAGAAGCUUCUAAACAAUUAAUGGGGUCUCUACCACAAGAUAGGCUGACAGCUAACAGACCAUUUCAAAUUGUGGGUGUGGACUUCUGCGGUCCAUUCAGCAUCAAAAUUCCACGAAGUAGAAAGCCGGUUCUUAGUAAGGCAUACAUAGCGCUAUUUGUUUGCUUUGCUUGUAAAGCCAUCCAUGUUGAGUUGGUAAGUGACCUCACCACAGAAGCAUUUUUGGCAUGUCUCAAACGUUUUAUUGCUCGACGAGGCUUGCCUACUCAUAUAUAUUGCGACAACGCGAAAACCUUUAAAGGUGCUUCAAAUCAAUUAAAAGACUUAUAUGAAUUGUUUUCUAAAAAAGCUCAUAAAAAUGACAUAGAAAAUUUUUGUUCUAAAAGUCAUAUAACAUUUAAAUUUAUUCCUAGUUACUCACCUGAAUUUGGAGGGCUUUGGGAAGCCGGGGUUAAGAGUGUUAAGAGCCAUCUUAAAAGAAUUGUGGGGAAUCUUUCUUUAACUUUUGAAGGACUUUACACUGUAAUUACAGAAAUUGAAGCAGUACUUAAUUCGAGACCUUUGCUUCCCAUGAGCUCAGAUAUCUCUGAUUGUAAAUACUUGACACCUGGCCAUUUUUUAAUAGGCACGGCAAUGACCAGCUUACCUGAAAUUGAUUAUUCUUAUAAAGAUAUUAGUAAAUUAAAAUUUUGGCAAAUUCUUUCUAAAUUAAAGCAAGAUUUCUGGAAAGCUUGGUCGCGUGACUACCUGACCCAAUUGCAGAGCAGGCCAAAGUGGUUGCAUCCACAUAAUAAUUUAAAAGUUGGAGAUCUUGUCAUUGUAAAAAAUGAUAAUCUUUCUCCUUUAAAUUGGCCCAUGGCCAGAAUUGUUAAAAUAUUUCCGGGACCUGAUGAUAAAGUCAGGGUUGCUGAAGUAAAAAUGGGUAAUAAAAUAUACACUAGGUCUUUUAGAAAAUUAUGUCCACUUCCUAUAGAUGGACAAUAA